AACAACAACUUUCUGACAAAAAAACAUCAAAUUGAAUGACCAUAAAAAAGUAUCUUCCAUAUUGAUACGAUAUCAAUAACUUAUCCGAGAUUUUGACCCUUUGUCGGAUAGCUUGCCUUUAUAUGUACUAAGAUGUGCAAGGCGGUUAUACCUGCAGUUGCCAUCUUGUUGACGCUGUACAUGACAGUGGUCAGUGGCAAUUACCUUCCAAAAACUCUCCUGGAAUGUUUUGACCAUAAAGUUGAAAAUAGCCUUGAAGGAGUAGUAUUAGCUCAAGAUCUACAGAAAUAUUGCCUUGAUAUGUUCUUGCAUCCCACGAUAAAGAAAAAUAUGACGACGGAUGAAGUCAGCUAUCUUCAAUCCAUAUUCCGAAAGAUUAUAUCUGAAUCAAAUCACGGAGGUAGAGUGAAAAGACGUACUCAACUGUUAGAGGUGUUUCCGAAACGUAUCAGACGAGAGGUCCGAGACCCAAUGAGUAAUUGGCCAAAAUAUUCUGCAGCAGUACGGAGGCUCAAAUUUGAUAUGAGUAGUGGCACUGGUACCAGUCGAUAUGAUACAAUAGCAGACCUCCACAGAAUAGCUGUAGAUGAAGCACAUGGUGGCCCAAACUUUUUACCCUGGCAUAGGUUGUAUUUACUGAUAUUUGAGACAGCUUGUGGAAUGGCUAUCCCAUUCUGGGAUUCUUCUAUUGAUUUUGAAAUGGCAGAUCCAACUGAAUCAAAGAUUUGGACAGAAGAUUAUUUCGGAAACGGUUAUGGUGAAGUAGAGUCUGGACCAUUUAGUGGAUUCGAUACACCAAUUGGACCACUUAUACGUAAUAUUGGGUCGGACGGUUCUCUUUUUCAGAAGACUGGAAUCUUGCGCUUGUUAUCCAAGAGAAGAUUUGCUGAAAUAAAUGUAGAUACUUCCCCCGAUGGGGACAGUCUUGAAGACCAACACGGACAGGUCCACAUUUGGGUCGAUGGACAAAUGAACAACUUAGAAAGGAGUACAUUUGAUCCAAUCUUCUGGUCACAUCACUGUUUUAUUGAUUACAUCUGGGAACUAUUCCGUACAAGACAGAAAUCAUUGGGAAUCAAUCCCGCAACUGACUUUUUCCCCACCAACCAAACUGGUCAUUCACCUAACGAUGAAGCCCGAGGAAUCACGGGAUAUCUCAAUGUUGAUGGAUAUUCAAACCGCAUCGCUAAACUUGUUGAGUACAAGCUUACUCCAUCUUGUCCAAAGUGUAGUAAUAGUGACGCCAUGCAUUGUGACCGGGCAAAACAGAUGUGUAUUGCCGAUGACAGGACUGUAAACUCGUACGUUGGUCACCAAGAAGACGCAGUUAAAAUUGCAAACAAAUAUGGUCUUUCAAAUGGAAACCAUGGCUCUGCAUUUACUCUCAAGUACCGAGAUGCUCGAGUCAGAGUAGAUUCAGUUACAUUAGUUUACCGAAUAGUUCGAAACACUCCAAAGAGGUUGUACUAUGGUUUACCGCAACAAACCAAAAAAUCUUAUUACCGAGUACCGUACACGUACAAAGGGUCAUUCAAGAACAGACUGUCCGUAACCAAAUGGUAUUAAACAUGCUUUAAAGUCCCAUUAACAAAAUGUACUUAUUUAUAAAUAAAAAAAUUACCCAA